AUGGCGGAGGUACCGCCUGGGCCUAGCAGCCUCCUCCCACCACCAGCACACUCCGGCUCGGCGGCGGCCGAGCCCCGCUGUCCCUUCGGCGGGGGCCGCCCUCGCUGCUGCAGCGAGGACGAGGAGGACGACGAGGAGCACGAAGGCGGCGGCGGCGGCAGGAGGCCCGCGGGCGGCGAGGCGACAGCGGCGGCCAAGGGGCAUCCGUGUCUCCGGUGCCCUCAGCCGCCGCAGGAGCAGCAGCAACUCAACGGAUUGAUCAGCCCCGAACUGCGGCACCUCCGGGCGGCCGCCUCCCUCAAGAGCAAGGUUCUGAGCGCGGCGGAGGCGGCCACUUCCACGGCCACCCCCGACGGGGGUCCCAGAGCGACUGCAACAAAAGGAGCGGGGGUGCUCUCGGGUGAGAGCCCCUCUCACUGCCUCCCCAAUAAUUCAAGAACUGCGCUCCCCAGCCCCGCAGAGGCAGCGGCGGCGAGCGAUCCGGCGGCGGCCCGCAAUGGACUGGCGGAGGGCACCGAGCAGGAGGAGGAGGAGGACGAGCAGGUGCGGCUGCUGUCUUCAUCCCUGACCGCCGGCUGCAGUUUAAGGAGCCCCUCGGGCAGGGAGGUUGAGCCUGGGGAGGAUCGGACGAUACGUUAUGUCCGAUAUGAAUCCGAGCUACAAAUGCCCGAUAUCAUGAGACUGAUCACCAAAGAUCUGUCUGAACCCUACUCCAUUUAUACCUAUAGAUAUUUUAUCCACAACUGGCCACAGCUGUGCUUCUUGGCCAUGGUAGGGGAGGAGUGUGUAGGUGCCAUCGUUUGCAAGUUGGAUAUGCACAAAAAGAUGUUCCGCAGAGGUUAUAUAGCCAUGUUAGCCGUGGAUUCCAAAUACAGGAGAAGUGGCAUUGGUACUAACUUGGUUAAGAAAGCUAUAUAUGCCAUGGUUGAAGGAGAUUGUGAUGAGGUUGUUUUGGAAACAGAAAUAACGAAUAAGUCUGCUUUGAAACUUUAUGAAAAUCUUGGUUUUGUUCGAGAUAAGAGGCUGUUCAGAUACUAUUUAAAUGGAGUUGAUGCACUGCGACUUAAAUUGUGGCUGCGCUGAGAAACUGACAUCAAGGAACAACUUUCCAACCACGCAGAAUCGACCUUUGCAUGCAAUGCAAUUUGUACAGAAUUGCUUUGCAGGUGGAUUUAGUAAUUUUCAUGCAGUUCUUAUCUGUCAGUGUCUCAUUGAGUGUCGCACAAUAUUUGUUGCACUUUGGCAUGGCGCAUUUGUUCUGAAUUAAAAGAGAUUGUUUUAAACUUAAAGAGUUCUUUUGGUACCAACAAGAUGUGCCAGUUCAUAGCCAAGAUUUGUUUGUUCGUUUGCAAAGUCUGCUGACAAUGUUAUUUACACAGUGAUCGUUUUACCACAGAACCAGUAAGUGGAACAUGAUUUUUGUUCCUUAAAAAAGCCAAUGUAGAUUGUAAAAAUCUCUAAGUAUACUAACAUUUCACAUGAAACCUGCCAUAGUUUUCCGAAGGGGGUGGGGAAAGCUUCAAUUUUAGGUUUUAUUUUUUUCAAUAUUAAAUCUUCCAUUCUUGAAUAUUGGUACCUCAGUGAUUAGUGAAUGAAAAAAAUGUAGGGUUGGUUGUGUCUUACAAUGAGUAAAGGUAACAAUGAAAUUGCGUCUGCCAGUGCCUGUGUAGAUAAGUAUAUUUGUCUUCAUCUCUAGUUUUUUAAUGCAUGCUACUUUUUCCUUUUCUUUAAGGCCUUUGCAAGCAAACUUUUGUUUUUAUUUAAAUUCUAAAUUUGUUAAUAAAUUAUUUCAGAUUUUUAUAAUUUGGAUGCUUUUUCCAGGUGAAUGACAGAGUGGUUUACUUUAGAAAUCCCUUCUUUCCUUACAGUAAGAAGUUGAAUCUACUUGGAAAAUCUUUGAGAAAUGGCUCAGAAGGGAUGAGAAAAGUUGAUGGAGCCAGGAAUUGCUAGGUUUUUGGAUGCACUUUUUUUUUGAGAGUGAGGGAAUUUGGGGGAAAGGAUAAUUAAUGUAAAUUGGUAUGAUUUUAUUUAAUCAAAAUUAUUGCUAAGCUGUGAAGAACAGCUUUAAUAAUGUUGGAAUUUUUUCCCCCACUUGAUUUGGAUUCACAUUAGUUUCAUUUCUUAAAAUGUUUCACUUUUGGUUCUUGGUCUUGGAAAUAAAUUUCAAGGUGCAUUGUAUCCAUUUUAAAUUUUAAACUGAUUUUCUUUCCACUUAUUUGAGCAAAUUUUUUGGGGGGAGCUUUGCUUUAGUUCCUAGAAAAACAAAAGGGAGAAAUGGAAAUUUUUUUGGAAUGAGUUCUUAAUGGGUUUUCUUAAUAGCCAUCACCGUGUUCAUUAGUCACAUUGCGUUUUGGCCAAUCUGUGCAAUGUAAUAAAUUUUAAAGUUACUUGCUUUCAGUUGAGUUAGGAAACCUGUGAUGGAUAAUUUAUUUAACUGGAAAACCUAGGUACCCAUGAAAAAAAAAGAUUCAUUUUCUGUGAAAAUGUUUUAUAGGAAUCUAUGUUGUUUUUUCUUUAAUUUGGAUAUGCUUUACUUCUGCUCUAGGAUUUGGUUUGAAUUUUAUUUUAUGGCUAUAAUUACUGUACUUUUAAAAACCCUACCUCCAUUAACAGUUGGUAAAAGCCCCCUUUCAGGAAAGUUUGUUGUCAUUAUUAUUAUUUUUUUUUUUUAAAGGAAAGCUGCUCUUUGCUCAGUGUAAUGUCUUGAAAGUGAACAUGGUUAACAAGUACUUUUAAAAUAAAGAUACACAGAUUUGAUGAAAAUAAAAUCUUCCUGCUGGUGGGAUCAUUUAUAGUUCCUUAUUUUUAAAGAAAACGUUUUCUUUGCAUUUUGUAUUGCUCUUGAAAGUUUAAUGGGCAGUAUUCUGGCUAUAUUAAAAAUGACCACACAAUACUCAGCUUUCCAGCUGACCAUUUUGAGCAUGUUUUUUGUCCAACUUUAUUUGGGCUCUAGCAUUUAGAGGAAUGCCAAUCAUUGUGAUGCUUCUGUUAUUUUUAAUAUGGAGGGAACUAAAGUAAAACAGUUCAAUACUUAACGUUACCAGAUUUUAUCUCACCACUUUACAUUUGACUUGCUGCUUCAGAGGUAAUUAUUGUUGAACGUACAUUUGCUUAACUGACUAAUGGGGACAGUUCUGAAAUAGAUACAUGCUGGAUUUUCAGUUCCACUAUUUAUGUUUUUGGCAGGUUGUCAAUGAAACCAUCACUAUUGACCUUUUCUUCCAGAAUUGACUGUGUUUUGCUGAACUGACUGGGUGUUUGUAACUACAACCAUAACCAUCUGAUAUAAUUCAUCCUGGUAUAUGUUGAAUAGCAGUAUCUACUAUACGUCUUUAAUUGGGUAUGCAAAAAUUAUUUACUUAAGUAGACUAAAAUUUUAACCUCUAGCACAAUAACCCAGCACCAGAACUAAGUCUCUAUUCCAGUUGAAGGAGCAUCAAACAUUAAUUUACUUUUUGAUAUUAGGCUUUCAUUUUUCUUACAUAAUCGUCCAACAGUUCCACUUAAAAUUGAUAGAGUGAGUUCACUUGGCUAAAACUGAGCAAAAUAGUUGCAACUUUCUUUUAAAGGGGUGCUGCCUCUUUAAGACUGACUGUACUAUCCACUGACACUGGUUUGGCAGUUGAUACUGCUGAACAUUUUAUACAUGCUACCAUGAAGCUAUAUAUGUUAGUAUUGAAGCUAACGGGUAUACUACCAUUUUUGAUGUGGGCUGAUUAUAAUUUCCCUUAUGUUAAAAUGAAACUACUCUAGAGGAGUUCACAGAUCAGAAACCAGACAAUAGUUUUUGAAGUGGAAGCCAGCAAAAUAAAAAACAAAAACAAAAAUAUUAAAAAUUGGUUUUCAUGUUUUCCGCCUCUUCCCCAAAUUACCCUCUCCACUUGCUUGACAAAUCUGUGUAAAGGAGUUUGUCACAUGUUUUAACUUUACCUUGCCCUGUGUUACGGUGUUGGCGGACAUGUAUAAGACUGGAUGUGUAUAUUUAUCUUGGUGUCUAAAAAUCAUGAAGUUCAUCAUUUUUUGGGAGCAUAGAUAAAAACAAAUUGGUAGUGCAUCAGAGUUAUUUUUCAGUGCACCAUGACAUCACUAAAAUGAGUGCUAUAAUGUUACAGGGCUUUCAGGUUUGUAAAAACAUAACCAUAAAUUAUAUUGACGUCAGAUAUGAGUUGAGUAUCUAUAAAAUAUCACGUGUAUCUCAAAAUAUUGGACUGCUGUUUGAUGACUGGAUAUUGCUGCAUAAUUUUCUUCUAUUGUCCCAUACCCUUUUGGAGAGAGAGAUUUAAUGGGCUUUGAAAUGUGCAAGCUGUCUAAAUAAGAUGCAGUCAAAUAAAGUAUGGUUAAGUUGUGUUUGCAUUUUUCUUUUAGAUACAGCUGUGUGCAUUUUAUGAUUGAGUUGUUUUACUAAGAAAAAAACCAAGCAAUCUAUUCUGUUCCCCACUUGCUGCCUCCCAUCCAAGAGUUAUUUGGAAGAAGUGAUACACAAUUGUUAUCUCUCUAUUUUGUGUUCUAACAAAGUAAAUUAGAAAAUAACAACAUGACCUUGAUUUUCCUAAAAGUAUUCAGUUAAUCAUCUCAUGUAUCAGAUAUCAAUGCAAAUGAGAACAUACUAAACCAACAUUUUUUUGUCCUUGUUCCGUAGCAAUUUAUUCCUAAGACAGUUUUUAUUUUAAUUUACUAUUUUUUGUUUGUACUUAAACAAUUUCUUUUACCCUUACUAAGACACCAAAGUAAAAUAGAGCAUUAUAUAAAAGGCUUUUGCCAUUCUUGUAAGAAGCUUUAAAUGAUAUUUGUGCGUGCUUUCUUAUUUCAAGAUUUAUGGAUACUAAUGGAAAGAAGAGAUCUGUUUUAAUCAUGAUUGCUAAAUUACUUUCAUCAUGCACGCCAGAUCUUCACUUUGUUCUUUUAUAGUCUUAUGAAAAUAUCUGAGUUCAUGUUUUACUUGGGCUUUAUAUGGAACUUUAAAUACUUCGUAAAUUGUCUAAGUGAGGACCAUAAAGUGAUUCUUUCACACCUAUGAGCAUAGAUCAGUAUUAACCUGUAAUCCAAUAUAUAGUGAUACUUUUCAACAACUUUUAAAAAAUAAGUUUGUAAAGUUGCAUGAGCAUAUGGCACACUGCACUUUCUUCAGAUCAGUGCUAAUAGCACUUUUUAUGAUAGAAAUAAAUGUUCUUUGUGUUCUCCAAUACGCUACCCCUUAUUCAUGUGUAGCUACUGAGCCCCUGAAGAGUGGCUAGCAUGAUUAAAUAAGUGAAUUUUUAAUUUUGUUUAAUUGAAAUUUAAGUAGCCACAUGUGACUAGUGGCUACUCUAUUGGACAGCAUAGCUUUAGAUAAUACUUGACUAGUAAUAACUGAAGAAAGCAUUUUUUGAAUAGGAUUUUUAAGACCAUACUAUUUAUUUAUUGAAAUAUGAAAUAGAAGGGUCACGAUUAAAAACUGUCUCUAAGCAAGAGUAUAGCUGCACUGUUUAUGUUGACAAUCUAUUUCAUUAAUAUAGUAUGUGACACCACCUCUCUCCCUGCCCCUGUUGUGAUGCAGCCCUUCUGAGAAAAGUAACCUUUUUAGUUUUUAUUAUUUGGAAGUUCUUUGGGAUGCAGUGAUGCACAGAUUGAAGUGCCAAAAAAUUGGUUUCUGAUGAGACUGUUGUAUCUUUUUAGUAUUAAAUCAUUUUACACAGUUGAGCCUAAUAAUUUCUCAUUUUAGAUGAAUUUGAAAUCAUAUCACCUCUAAAUGAGAUUGAUCAUUUCUCAUUACCAGUGGUCAAACUGCAUCAUGGAGGAAUACCAUAUUUAUACUUACUUUUUUUUUUAAUUCUGGAAGAUCGAUCAUGUUGAUGCAAAGACAAGUGUUUUUGUUUCUGAGAGGACCAGAUUAGUUUUGUUGUGUUCUCUGGCCACAGUGUGUCACCCUUGCUUCUAACUGGUCGUCUAGUAAGUAAUUCAUCAAGAGGGCAGGCGAGGGGAUGGGAAACACCUGGCCAAAGGGAGUGUGAGGCUUGGUACAGCCUGUAGAUACUGCUGGGGAGAGCUCAAAGCCAGUUCUGGUGAGCGCAAUUAGUUUAAUUUUCAUGUGAAAAAGACCCAGGAAUAACAUCACCAAAGUGCCAAAAUCUAUCUUUACUUAAAAAAAAUGUAAACAAUGCAGGGGUUAUAAUGUAAGGUUUUUAAAAUGCUAAGAAAUAAGCUAAUUUUAGUAAUGAUGGAUUUUCCUGACUACCUCUUUGCUGUAUGAGUAUAUCUCAAUUUUCUAAUACCUCAAUUUCCUGAGAAUCUGUAUGUACGUUUUUGUAAAUAAAGUAAUUUACCAUAUGCUAGGGGAAGGACCUAGCUUUUAAAGAAAUUGUAUAAAGACAUUUGUACCAGAUUUGUUACAUGGUGAAUCGAUUUGAAAUUUCUUAAAAAUGCCUUAUAGCCUCUUCUGGUCCUUGACUCAGGUUUUUUUUUAGUAAACAUUCUUAUUUAGUGAGAUUUGUGUUCCAGGAAGUGUGUACUCAUUUGUUCAUUCAAGAUUUGUAUGUCUCUUAUGUUUUGCUUUCAUGCCAAAGAAACUCACCCUUUUUAAAAGCCAGCAGGUUGCACUAACUAAAAAAAAAAAAAAA